GCGUUUCCCCAGUGAUCACCUUCCCCACAAACGCCAAGAUCAACAAGUCUACAUAGUCCCCGACCUUGCAGACCCUACUCGAGGCCGAGACAGACGUGACAGGGUCCUCAUGCUCCGCCGAUCAGCGCUCUUUUAGGGCUGGAGCGGAGGAACUCUGCCCCUGUCGGGUAGAUGCUAGCGCUGUAUCUUCAGGUCUCCUCUCAUUGUCCAAUAGGAGGUGGACUAAACAGCUCGGUUCUUGACACUCCCGUCUUCUAGACGUCAAUUUAGCUCUUCACGUCGGCUCCUUUGCGUUGCCUUGCAUGGUGAGAAGGUCUGGAGUGGUCGCGCCCAACGGCGGAUCAACGUGUCGUGCGACAAAAUCGUAUGGUCUGUCGGCCUUUUCAAGUCCUGAACUGCAACCAAGAACCACGAUGGACGAACCGGAGUCUCUCCGCAAGAGCGGUCUGGGAUUACGGACGCAAGACAAGGGCUGGGCGUCCUCCACUCGUCAAUGAACUGGCGGUCGAAGAUCGACACUGAGACGCGAAACAGAGCGGUGAUAGAGAGGAACUUGCGGAGCUUGGUCUUACAUUUUGAAGACAUUCAAAUGCUUGAGAGGCGCUUAAAAGAUUGAGUGGCCGCUGUUACGUAUGUCAAAGCAUACCUCUGACCGUCUAUAUAAUAUGUACAAGUUUUACGAAAUCAAUUGCAAUUGAAUGACGGGACUUCUUGCAGGCCCAACGCUAAAGUUUUUCCAGAGCCUCAUCACCAACGAUACAUCAUCAUAUCGGGCAAUCAGUCAUCCUACAUCUAGAGCACUGUCAAGUUUUGGCCAACGGCGUCCUAUCAACCUCAAGGCUUCUCAAGUCCAACAAAAUGGACUCCAGAUCAACAACACCAACGCCCUUUCCAACCCUACCUCUACAGAUCCAACACGCACAAACGCCAACCACAGACCUCCAGACAAAUUUGUCACCGCCUAAGCCACCAUCACCGUACGGCAGCCUUCAAUGGACUCAGUACCUUUUCCGUCUUUUUACCCUCCUCACCUCCGCCGCUCUCCUCGCCCUCACCGUGUUCAUCGCGGCAAAAUGGGGACAAGAAUACCCGGAGAAAACAUACGCGGUGAUUAUGGCCGGGGCGGCGAUAGCAAUCAUCACAGACCUCGGCACUAUUUACUUCCUCUUUGUCAGGAUGUCACAAACCUCGACGCCGGUCACCAUCGCUGUCCUUGAUGCUGUUGCGCUGGUCAUGUGCGCAGUGGGCAUCCCAACCGUGAGGGGAAGUGUGUUCAAGACAGAGUAUGACACAGCUGUGUGGGCGUUGGCGGUGGUUGUAAUCGUCGAGAGGGCCGCAUCGAUGGCUACUUGCCUUUGGGACUGGGUUUUCAUUAGGAGAAGAAGGAACGAAGGGACGAAAUCUAUCAUCUUCAAGCAGGAGAUGGGCUCGACUUCCGAGUCUGCUUUGGCGGCGAGGAGACGGAGGAAACAUGAAGAGGCUGCUGGCCAGGGGGCCGCGAUGGCCGGGGCAGAUGCUGGGGCUUCAACUGGAGAGUAUUUGCAGCCUGUGAGUGCGAGGGCAUCAUUGGUUGGCGGUGGGAGACCCAGCUUGGUGCUUGCGGGAGAUAUGUCAGGGAGAGCAAGCUUUCCUAGUAUCAUUGUGGGUGGAGAGGGUGAUGAUGAUCGAGUAUGAAACCUGCUCUCCCUAGGUUUCAAUAUAAG